UAGAGGGACGUCAUGUGACCAGAAACCAACCAAUCGUUGAUAAAGUAGGUAAAGGAAAGCGCGUUCCCGUCGGCAGCUGUGUUGCUCUACAGUGUGGAGAGCGCAUCUUGUGUUCAGUAUAUUUCCAUAAUACAGACACCUGCAAAAAUGUCCGAAGACAAGCCUAAGGAGGGAGUGAAAACAGAGAACGACCACAUCAAUCUGAAGGUGGCGGGGCAGGAUGGCUCAGUGGUCCAGUUCAAAAUUAAAAGGCAUACGCCACUCAGCAAAUUAAUGAAAGCGUACUGUGAGAGACAGGGUUUGUCAAUAAGACAGAUUAGAUUUAGAUUUGACGGGCAACCAAUUAACGAGACAGAUACACCGGCGCAGUUGGAGAUGGAGGACGAGGACACGAUUGACGUAUUUCAGCAACAAACUGGCGGCUCCUGCUAAAACUCCACACCACCUGGACCCCAUGCUUAUCUAUUUUAUUCCUCAUGAUGUUUCAUUCAGAUGCUUUCACAUUGUUUCCCCUUCUCUUUCUCUCUUUGUCUCUCUUCUGUCAUCUCUAGCUUUCCUAGAGUGGGCAUCACAAAUGGUUUUUCCAGUAAUAUUUAUAUACGCAAUGGUUAGACAGCUACUGUGGUGGGGGAACAAACUCAAGAAAGCUUCCAGAGGGUGUAGUUCUUCAAAUUGUCCACAGGCCCCACCAGCCACCUCUGCAGGGUUUUAUGUUGCUCUGAACACUGAUUCUCUCUGACCAAUCACAACAGGGAACCAUUGACCCCUCCAUAGUGUAUUCACCCUAUAAAAAGUGAAGCAUAGGGUUUUUUUUUCCUCUUCAUCUUUCAAUUCUUAAGAGCUUUAAGUAGGCCUGUUUCAACUCAGAUUGUAUUUGCCUGUAUGUGUUGUAGAAAUAUGUUCGACCAGUGUUGUAUUCAUUUGCCUUUUUAAUGGGGCUGCUUCUCGUAUAAGCUCACUGUAGGGACGGGAUCUAUGGACCUUCUUGUUGGUCAUUUAAAAAUGAAGAGACGGACUACAUGACACAAUUUACAGUGACCCUUUCUGGACCAAAACCCAAAGAUGGUACUCGAUUAGCUGAUAAAGGCAGGAUUAUACCAACUAGUUCUAAGUUUAUACUUUUUAAAUGUCUGUAGAAAUAUAUCCAUUUACCAUUCCCAUUUCCUCUGAUAUGUUGGUUGAGGAGAGUGGAAUGACCUAAAUAGACCAAUAUAUCUCUUUUCCUUUUCAUUUUUUUUUUUUUUCUUUUUUUCUUUUCCCUCUUUUUUUUUUUUAAAUCCAAAAUCUACGACCAGGUAUUGAAGCAAAUCAAAAGGGAAUCCUUUUCCGGUUUUGUUGUGGAGAUGUAUCUGUCAUCGCUCACAAGGACUGGUCUGAUCUCUUUUAACAUCUCUAGCCCUCCCACUGUAACUCAUGGCUGAAAGGGAGAGAGGGUUUUAAGGGUUGACUCCAAGAUUUCCAGAUGUUGGCAUCCUCCUGUACUGAUAUGUAUUUUUUUUUUUUAUUUUUUUUUUUUUUUGUCCUUUACUACUGUAAACAAUAAAUAUAGUUUGGUACUCAUUUUUUUUUCCCGCUGAGGCUUUUUCGUCAUGUACAGAGAGUGUGUUCGUAAUUGUUUAACAGCAUGUCUUUUCAAAUACAAAGCCUGUAGAAAAGCACAAUGACGCAUCCUUUAGCAAUAUGUCAAGUCUCUUUAAUACACAGUUAUUACAUGUAUAAACAUAUAAAACAUGAGAUGAAGUGUCAAAGAUUAAAUAGAAAAUAUAAAUAAAAUCUGGAGUGUCACAAAGGCACUUGAAUGUA